AGUAUAGUCUGCGAGCAAUCUAUUGUUGGUGCAGUUUUCAUGAUACCCAUUGCAAGCUUCUUUUGUUGCAUACGAGCGAUCGCAGCUUGUGGUUUUUCUUCAACAAACUCUUCUUCGUGAGUGUUAUCAAAAUAAGCUUCGAGAUCGAGUGUGAGUGAUCUUCAUCAUGUUCCCGUAGUUCCGGGGAUUUCUACACUAGCCUGCACAAUAAAUCGUCGCACACCUCCGACACUUCCGGCGGGCAACGGUUCUGUUUCUCCUAUUCGACAAUGCCUUCGUACGGUGUGUACAGCCGUGGACCCCCGCGUUCGCGCAUCGUCCCCGCAGCUGCGCCGCAGUAUAACGAUCCUAGUUCCGACUUAAUUUCAGCUACUUCGCGCCCAACCAGCGCGAAGAGCCCCUUGGCAACCAGCCAGGUGGAGAAGCGCAAGGUCACCCGCGAACAGUAUGGUGCGCCAACGGUGCCGAAGAUCAGCCACCGUCCGCGCCGGCCCGCGUGGGAUGACCGGCCGGAUGCGACGAACAAUUUUUUUGACCCACCGUUCGAAGACCCGGACCAGAUUGCGGAGGAGAUCAUCUACAGCGACUCCGACUGCACGCCGCACAUGCGAAUGAAAAGGAGGCCCAAUUCCGCUGGCAACAGGAGAGUAUUUGUUGGGAAUCAUGGUACUACUGCGACGACCAGUGCAAGUAGUACUACGCGAACUUUCGCGACGAAAAGAAAGUGCCAGUUCAAUUACAUCACCAAAGAGACCACAUCUGUGGACGUGGACGAGGAGAAGUCUCAAAGCAUCAAUGCGGAAAUUCUCGGCGGGGAUGCAGUGCCGCAACAGCAGCCGCUCGAUUCGGCGCGACGACUCCUGAGGCAUGAGCUGGACCAGGCUGACCAGAUGUACGAGAGCUUUGUCAGCCGAGUCCGGUGUUUCGGUGUGCACCACUUCUCGGCGGCAAUUUGCCUGGAAGACUUGGGAAAGCACAUGAAUUCCGUCGCGCUGGCGAAAUUGGAGGACGGUAUUAGCGACUGAGUUUGAUUUCAUUUGUUCUUUGGCGAUGGUCUGCACAGCUUCUCUUGCUAUAAUUGUAAUUGCAGCUAGCUCUCGCUCACGCUCUGGUUCUGGCAUUGCAUCAAGACUUUCGAAUUAUUCUAUCACAGGUCAAAUCCCCGAGGCCCGCACGAUUCUCCUCGUUGCCGAGCGCCAGAUGCACGCCAUCGGCAAGCAGUUUUACGACUAUUUAAAGAAGGCCGCUGUCAUUCCCCGCGCGCAACUAAACACAACGGAGUCGGACAAAUCUAGGCGGCGGACCUUCCGGCAGGCGUUCGCGCUCUUCGCGUCUUUAACGCUAAACAACCUAGCCAGUUUGGAACGGCGGGAGGGUGGGGACCUCCAGAAAGCGCUGCAGUACCUCAGCACCAGCAAGAUGUGGGUAAUAUUUUUACGUGUCCAAGAACUUCAUCAAAUUCAAAACUUUCAUCUUGUCUAAGUCUACUUUCGCUUUCAAAGAUACCGAACAGCAAUAGAGGAUAUUAGAGCUCUUCCCGCUUCUAAAAGGAUGCCAAAUUAUGCUCAAAUUGUCGUUCCAGGUGCCUGAGCUGCCUGCCGCGGACGCUGCUGUCACAUACCUGAACCUCUCCGCCGUACUAAGUGAGCUGGGCAAACACCAGGAGGCGGAGAGCGCCGCCAUGGGGGCAGUGCAACGAAGCGAGCAGGACAUCAUGCGACUUUCGAAAACGACGCCGAGCGAGUACGUGCUGCAUAAUUUAUCUCUUUUACGUUUUAUUGCGGUGCACAACCCGCAUCCGCAGCUGCUAAUUUCAUCACGUACAAUGAUGAUUGGGUUCUUGAGGACUCGGCUUCACUGAGUGCGACAGUUCUAAAUCCUAUUACACAGAUACGCCGAGAAAGUCGCCUCGCUCGCAGUUUCCUACAACAAUUGGGCCGUGCAAAAGGAGCUCCAAUUCGGGUCGAAGGAGGACUGCCCCCCGGAAGCCGUGCACCUCUACAAGAAGGCCCUCCACCUCGCGACCGAGCACCUGGACGAGGGGCACCCGCUGCGCGAAAAGUUCCAGCAGUCCGUCACGGCGGUGCUGGAGCGCAACCGAAGGAAUCGAGCGAGGAGUGACGUCUCUGAUUUUUAUACGCUGGACCGCGCGAAGGAGGAGCUGGACUGGCUGCAGAAACACAAACCGAUGGUAGAGCUGGAGGAGGACGAAAUAUUUGACGGAGAUGCGAACAUCAAGCCGGAGUCUGAUCAUGACGCGCGACACGACCCUUCAUCGCAGAACGGAAGGCGUCGAAACCGGCCAGCAGCCUUUGGUGAUAUCCCAAUCGCUGCUAUCAGCAGCCUCGUGUCUGCGAAUGACAAAAUCGACAUAGCUGUGAGGAAAGCUAGUAGUCCACCACUCGCUCCGUCAACAACUAUGCAGAAAAAUAUUUCGCCAGAAGAGUCGAAUAUCAGCCCAAACGCGGAGAUUCUCGGGGAUGACUUCUGCGAGGACGACGACGAUGACGCAGUAGACAAAGCUGAAAUUGAUGAACUUCAAAGCGCAGGUGAUGAGCCAGAUUUCCCAGUCGACACGGAAUCCGCCACCGCCUCGUGGAUCUCCAGAGUUAAGGACGCUCUGCGAGAAACCACGCAGAAGGAAAAAUCGAGUCCGAAGCGCAUCUCCGUGGCGGUUGGCAAAACGAAAACGACCUCCGGCGAACAGCUCCUGCGGUUACCCCUUGGCGCGGCGCCGCACAUGAUGCAGCAAAACUUCUUCAACGCACAAAAGGAAAUGCGGGAGGUUGUGGAAACCCCGCUCGCCUCGCCAAUACCGGUAGAGCGACCAAUAACCCCCGUAGUUGCGCAAGAAAUUGUUGUACAACAUUCGUCGAACAAACAGAAACACUACGUUUUGCAACAGCAGCAAAAUUUGUUCACCAGUAGCAGCUCCUCGAGCAGCAGCCCUCUCACGGUCUUGUCGUCCGGGACAACUACUACAUUGCCACCCGCUAUAGCACCAGCUGGUGGAUCUUCCCUCCAGCAACUUCAACAACAUCACUCUUCCCCCCAAACAGUUUUGGUGGAAGGGAAAAAGUGGUGCGGCGUCGCGGCGAACCAACCGGUGCUGGUUCCAAGGCUAGCGUUUGCGCAGAAAAUAAAACCUUUUUCGCACUCAGCCAUCGACGACGAAACAUCCGCCAGCGCAGGGGACGACGAAAACUCAACGGAAUUUUCGAAAAGCAUUCCGACCAUGACGUCGUCGGUGGUGCAGCACCAGUGGUCUCACUCUGGUGUACUAUCCGGUGCUGGUCCACCACCUAGUGCACCAACUGCGCCGCAACACUACCAGCAAUACCAGCCUCGUCUUGGAGGCGCAGGUUCUGCCGGCGGCGGUCCUAAUGCAGCAGCAACCCCAGCAUCCGCUGUCAGCACGCCCCUGCACCUGAUGAGCUGUCGGAGUACGGAGAAGAGCACGUCCUGUGUCAUCUUACCUUCCUUGCAAGUUCCAAGUCUUUGCACACCACUGCUGAACAAUGCAAGACAGCACAACACGACCGCACUUGACAUCGACGCCCAGUCCACGAUCUCGUCCGCUCGAGGUGGUGCCGGCGCGAACCGACGUCGCCUCCCCAGUUCGCCCAUGACGCUCUUCCAACGCGGUUCGCCGCAGUUGAGGAAGGAAAAGGGUGUGUUGUCUCCAGCACACGGGCUUGUUUUUCCUCCGCCAACAACUUCAUCGUCCAGACCUCAGUCCGCGAGCAAGCCGAAGACGUUGUUUGGAAACAGGCCGAUGAAAGACAUGGAAGUAGGACCUACUGCAGCUGCUAUUUCUGCUGCAGGGGCACCAGCACCGCCUCCACCAACAUCCGCUUCGUCGCUCUACACGCCACAGACGCUGAUCAGCCAAAAGAUCGGUAGCAAAAGCACAACCGGGACUGCAUCUUCGUCGUCUUCGAGUGCUGCGCCGUCGCCAACAGAGCCGUCAGUUCUUGGGACGUCGAGCAGACCAUCUUCGACGCGCAACAAGCACAUACGCUCCCAGGUUGAGCAAAGUCGUGCGGCCGAGCGACUGCAGGGCUGGUGGCGCGGCAGGAAAAGGCAGGCGCAGGUGAGGCGAGCUCGACACAAGACCCAGAUGGACAAAGAACUGGCGGCGCAACUUCGCAUUCAACAUGCCUGGAAGGCGACUGUGUGUGGCCGGAAAGCGAGGAGGAUAUUUCUGAAGUACCAGAAAGGAAAGAGAAAGCGGUUAGAGGAUUUGAAAUUGCAGCGGUUCGUCGACUGGAAGUUUUUUGUGAAGAAAAUCGCUCCCCGGGAAAAGAACACCGCAGCAACGACCUUGCAAGCCGGCGUUCGCAUGCAUCAGGAGCGAAAAAAGUUGGUCGAAGCGAAGAAACUGCAGUUGCAAAACGCAAGAGAAGAAAAACUCGCGGAGCUGUGCAAGCGUCGCGAAAACCGCUGGAAACAGGAACAGAAAAAGACUGUUUUGGAGAAUUUACUUAUCUUCACCAGACAAAAGAAGCACGCCGCUACCUUCCUCAGCCUUUUUUUCGCCUUCAGAAUUCGCAACGUCUGGCCAAGACGCGUUCGCGACCGCAAAGUCGCGAGGAUUCAAAGUCUUGUGCGCGGCGUGUUUUUCCGCAUGCGCCUAGCCACUGACUUCGUGCACGUGAAGAGCGUCGUCCGGGAAAUGGGACGCAGUGGGCAGCGCGUAGUGGUGUCCGCGAAAAGAAGGUUCAAUCGUCCAGAUUGGCGGGUGGAGGUAACUGAUUACAAGGAGGCUCUGGCUUGCACGACGCCAACGUCGUCGAGCAAAACAACCAAAUCCGUUGCCGCAGCUACAAGCACCGCACUGCGACGAGCCGAGGCGACGCGGGCGGUUUUUACGGGACCUUUACUCGUUCGCGCGGAAACUAUCGGUACGGAGCCUACCGGGGUAGUGGUUUUGAGCGAAACGGAGUUUGCAAGCGUACUGCUGUAUCAGGAAAAGUACAAACUGCAACCUGCCCCGCUCGCAUCCAAAGCAUUGCAGAUGUUCCCAGUCGAGAAAGUGCUGAACGCUUGUUCGCUGGGAACGUGCUCCUCUUCGAGGCCGGUAAUGUUUCUCGGCUUGCAGGCCGUAACCGACGCACUGCAGCCGAAACCGAAGAAAAUUUCGCCCGCUGAAGCCAGUGCUGGAGCUGCGCUCGAACAAUCCCAGGCGCCAGACGCCCCAGCAACGAUCGAAGAAGCUGCAGCAGGGUUUUCACAUCGUGCAACUGCAGAAAUAAUCACGCCAUCGGCUGUGGAGAACACCAGCGAGACCCCAGCACCAAAAGUUCUGCCGGUCGCCGCGAAGACGCCGAGCCCAUGCACAAGUCCGAAUAUAGCUGGUGGUUUGGAACAACUCUCCUUUGCCAAGAGCGAGAUCAGCGUCAGCUUGCCCUCGGACAGCAAGCGAGGCACAGUUGGAGGUGCGGAAGUUGAACAAGCAGACGAGCCGGCGCUGCAGUCUAUCUCAUCAGGUGCACCGCUCCAGAGUAGUUCGAGAACGUUGCCACUUGAAGCUGAGCAAGCUCCUGCUGGUGACAAAAAUUGUAGUUCUACCCCACCGUGCAUCAUCACGACUCCAAGGUCGCUUUCUGCCUCGCAAAGCGGUGGUGAACUUGUUCUUCGACCCGUCCAAACUGCGUCCUCCUCGGUCCGGAGAGAGGACGAGAAAGCCACGCCGUCAGAAUCGCCUGGGGAAACCAUCCGUCCUAUUUCCGCAAGGCGGUCCUCACCGGGAAAAGAACUGCAACAAAAAGGCUCAUCUGCUGCUAACGCCAUCGCACAAAACGCCCUUGGGGGUUUCGUUUCGCAACCCUUUUCUCCGCCGCUGCAACGGGCUUCGUCGAGUUCGUCCUGGCGCACACCCGGGAACACGCCCACGCCGCCAAUAGCAACGACAAACAGAGCGGAAUUUCCAUCCUCCUCUUCCCGAAGUCCCAUCAUGCCGGAAUCUGGUUCGUCAGCAUCCUCUUCGCGUCGCAAAGCUGCGGUGCCCAGGAUGGAAUACUCGCCGUCCGGAUCAUCUCCGUUGGAAAUCGAGCGCAGUAGCAGACCGGGGAGCCGGCUUGAUGUUCAAAUGGUGCAGGGAAAAGAGGCCGCCGGUGCAGCAGGCGGCACAGAUGAUCGUCCAGCUGCUUCGUCAGAAGCAGAGCGUACAGACCCCCCGGCCCCAGGAGCAGAAGAUGCAGCAACGAGCCGAACCAGCAGUGUGGCACCCCUUCCGGAAAUCAACAGUAGCGGAAGAAGUGCGCCUUCGAGCCGAAGGGGGUCGCCAGUUAUAGCCGCUUCCGGGUCGACGAACAAUCGGGGGAACAACACACUGUACGCAUCGACGCCAAGGUCGCCUGAACCUGAAGACCCUGCUUCGGGUAGUGCGCAGCAACAUCAUGAGAAAGAUGUCCAAUAUGACUUUCCAAUACCAGCAGGUAAUGAUAAUUCAGCGAAUGAUGAUGCUGCUCCACCGAAUUCAGAGGAAAAGCUGCAGCACCAAUCGAGCGUGCCGUUGUUCACACGCAAGGCCGCACGCCCCCCACCCCCCGCAGAACACAAGCUCGAUCUCGCUUGGACGGACCUGAUGGGCGAGGUGCUCCAGUACGAAGCGGAAGAGGCGCAGGCGAAAUACGAAGAGAAAAGCCAGGAGUUCAUUGCGAAUCUACCAGAAGAAGAGCAGCAAGAGCUCUCGUCACGCGCAGAGCCCUUACCUAAAACUCACCUCCCAGAAGGAGCUGCUACAAUGGUCGCGACGCUAGAAGAGUCCGACGACCCCUCCGCGAAAACGGAUUUCGAAGCAUCCCCGCUCGUGGUGUUCCCGACGAAAGCUACCGCUGCGGAGGAGCAGACGGAGGAGGAACCGGAGGUCCCGAUGCCAGUGCCCGCAGCAACGGGAGCACCACCUCAGGACGAGCAGGGCCUCCUGUACAAUGAGAAGCUGAUCUUCACUGCAGAGGAGGGCGGGUCGUGUGGUCUUCCCUCAACUGAUCCUGAACAAGCACACCACCACCAGCCUCGAAGUAGAAGCAAUUCUGGAGGUGCAGCGUCCACUUGUGAAGGGACGAACAAAAUGUCUCAUCUGAGUCUGCCGUGGCGGUGUGAUGAAUGCAACUUCCUGAACGAAGUCAGCCCGGACCAGUGCGUUAUGUGCGAUGCGCUUAGGCCGCAGCCAGCGGCGAUCGAACAAUCAACGAGAAAGCCGUCGCAUCGGAGCUUCAGACGUAAGCACGUGGUGGUUUCCACAUUGCGCACUGCGAUAUGUUUAGUACCUUUAAAUUGAUGCGAAAACCGAAACGACGGAAUCCGUAGUUGCAUUAUUGAAUUUUGUUCUGUCUUGAUCCACUUUCGUUUACCCCAACUUAUUCACUUCAUCACAGCAACCUCCGCCGGCACCCGCCCACCCUCGGCACCACGCACCCGAGUGCAACUUAACGCGCCGCCGGAGCCUGCACCCCCAAACAGCAUCGCGAAGAAGAAGCGGGCCGCUGCAAAGGGGGAAGUCGUGGUAUUAACCCAGCAGGCGGUACUGAGCAACACCCGUCCGAGCAGUGCAGCGCGCUCGAGGCCGAUUUCGGCGGCGUCACGACGGAGCACGGCGUCGAGGAGAAGUGGGGUGGCGUCGGAAGGCGGGGAAAAAUCGCAGAAUGCGUACAUGGACCCGAAGCCGUUCUCCAGGACGCUGAGAUAG